UGGUCGCAGGAUUUCGGUUCGGGACCUGUGGGCGGAGCGAGAGGGAGAAUGACUGUUCUCUCCGCGGUUCUUGAUCCGGAACUUGUUGUCCAGGAACCGCGGAAGAGGUACCUCGUGCGAUCGCAGCGUGCUCGCUCCUCCAAAGUGAAGAACCUCAAGACGUGGGCGAGGCGAGGAGAAGCGCACUAGAUGCUCUCCAAAUCCUUGGUAAUGGAGUAUUUGGCUCAUCCUGGUGCACUCAGCGUGGCUGCUGGAGUAGCUUGUGGCAUGUGCCUGGGCUGGGGCCUCCGUGUACGCUUUGGGAUGAUCCCCAAAAGCUCAGUGAACGAGACAAACACAGAAACCAGAACUGAAGCAAGCAUCUUAGGAGAGAGUGGGGAGUACAAAAUGAUUCUUGUGGUUCGAAAUGACUUAAAGAUGGGAAAAGGGAAAGUGGCCGCCCAGUGUUCUCAUGCUGCUGUUUCUGCCUACAAGCAAAUUCAAAGGAAAAAUCCCGAAUUGCUCAAACAGUGGGAAUACUGUGGCCAGCCCAAAGUGGUGGUCAAAGCCCCUGAUGAAGAAUCUCUGAUUGCAUUACUGACCCACGCAAAGACGCUGGGACUGACUGUAAGUUUAAUCCAAGAUGCUGGACGUACUCAGAUUGCACCAGGUUCUCAAACUGUCUUGGGAAUUGGGCCAGGACCAGCAGACCUAAUUGACAAAGUCACUGGUCACCUAAAACUUUACUAGAUAGAAUUUUGUAUCAUGAUCGUCUCACCACAAAUGUUUGAAACUGUCAAAUUCUAACAAUAAAAGCUGAGUUUCUUCCCCCAA